UUUAGGAAGAGGGCUGGAUAGAGAGGGAGGGAGUGUUAAUCUGUGCUCUUUGUUUGUAGACGGAGUCACUGCUGAAUCGCGGGAGAGAAGGGGUAGAGGAGGAAAGGACAGUGUGAGUGAGUUGUCUUGGUCUCUGUGGAUGCUCUGUCUGCUCUGGAAGAGACAGAUAUUUGGGCCAGCUGUCCAGAGAGGGGGACCCCAGUUUGGAGCAAAGGGGGGGUUCAGAGCCUGUCUGGAGAGCACACACCAUGGGAAUGGCCCUCCGGACUCCUUUGCUGCUGAUACUGAGCACCAUAUUCCUUUGCACCCACCAGUCAGAGGCAAGGACUGAAAUGAUUGGUCCAGGCAGGGUCUCGGGGGGAGGAUCCAGCCUAUCACUGAAGAAAACCCAGCAGCCAAUGAGGUCGCAGAACAAGGAGCAGCUCCCCCAACUGCAGCAGCAGAAGCAGAUUGUGGCAACAUCAUUGGCCGAGCUUGGUCCGGGAGGUGGGGACAAAGAUGACGCACAGCCAAUUAAAUUGCAGAACAGACAACCGCAGCACCGUGGGAGAACGUCAUUGGCUGAACAGAGUGUAGGAGGCGGAGACACAGAUGAUUUUUUGGAUGCAAAGGCACUGCGAUUGCUCAAAAUGCAACAGCAGCAACAGCAGAUUCCGACAGCCUCGCCCGCUGGGCUCGUGCUGGAAGGCCGGGACAAAGAUGAGAUUCUGGACGCAGAUAAGGUGGUCGCCCUCUUCGUCACGGAGCGGCGGUUCGUGCGCCGGGACUGGUGCGAGAGCCGGCCCCUGGUGCACACGGUGCGCGUGCAGGGCUGCCUGAGCCGCGCGGUCAUCGUGCGGUUCUGCUACGGCCAGUGCAACUCCUUCUACAUCCCCGGCGUGGGGGGCGACGGGGGCGGCGCCUUCCGCUCCUGUUCGUACUGCCAGCCCCGCCAGCUGGGCACCCUCGCGGUCACGCUGACCUGCCCCACACUGCGUCCCCCGACCCGGCUGCAGCGCCUCACGGUGGUCAGGGAGUGCCGCUGCACCUCCAUCGAGCUCGACUGAGAGGGGUGGGGCGGAGGAGGAGGGAGAGGGAGAGGGGAGGGAAGGAAAGAUCAGGUGAAGAGAUGGAAGCAGGGAUGGAGAGAGCGAGAGAGAGAGAGGCAAGUUCUUUAAAAUCAGAGAUUUUGUUGGCCAAGAGUCUAGAGACGCUCUCUCUCUCUUUCACUAGCUGGGCUGUGGGCCUCCCUGUCCCCCGUGCUGCAGGAGUGUCCAAGAUAACAGUCAUCUGUCCAUGGACAGUUGUGUGUUCGUGGGUUGGAGUCAUGGGUUAGGGUCAUGGUCAGCUGUUCCAGUGCCAAUUUGCAGGAAACACACUGGGCAGGAAACACGGAUGAACUGGACUUGGCCCCUGCGCUCAGUCUGCUCUGUGCCACUCCCUGGACCUGGAGGAAACCCGUGGGCAUGUUUAACUUCACCCAGGGUUGCGUGACUUGUGUUUUGUCAGUGUUUAGUGAGCCUCCGGAAGUCAUCAUUCUGUGCACACCACUGCACUUUUUCUCUCCUGUCCUUGUCCCCAAUGGGUCUCUUCUCCUGCAGGACUUGUGCGGCUGGACGCUGUCGUUAUUCUGGGCACCGUAACAGAAGAGAGGACAGGUGUCCCUUCCGCUGGGGGCGACUGAUUCUAUCGGGCUUGUGUCUGACACGUCGCUGUUGUGCAGCACCCCCUUUCCCCCUGGGGUGGACCAAAGACGCCGACCGCAGUCGCCUGCUCUGGGAUUUUGUGUGUCAUGUGUACAUGUUUGAGGUCUUCCGCUUAGACGUGUUUUCUGUGUCCCAUCAUGGACGCACUUCCUAGAGUAGAAAUCACUGCUGAUGUCCUAUACGUCAACUUGUGUAAACCUCUGAACUUUUUACGUGUUUAAAUUUUUUUUUUGCAUGUGGACUAAGCUUAGAAUGAUAGAUUGCUAAAUGUGCUUCCUGUGUUAGAAACGUGCUUGGUGCGCUGUUCUGUGCUUCUCCUGUGGCCUCUGUGUGUCGGGAUGGUGCCUUAUGAAAUAAACCGCGCCAGCUUGGC